AAUGCAGUUCCCCUCCUGAGAUGCUGAGUGGUACAUUCCUAUCUACUACUCUCUGCUGCUCUGCCUCUCGGUCCAUCAGACAGCCGAGCGCUCGCUGCAUGCUGCACUGCUCCACAGCAUCACUGGCCGUGUUUCUGUGUGUCAAACCAUCCAGUGCUGCUUGUCUAGACGUUCAGGAUGUGUGGUGGGUGUCCUGUGCUGUAAACAAACUACAACACUCCAGUACUCCCACUGUAAGACUCCUGGUCAGAUUCGGCAACGGCAUUGGGAUGUCUUCCCCAGGAUCCACCAGCGGCAGCAAGAGGAAUUCUUCGGAGCUGGAGCAUGCUCAGAGAGUGCCGGAGGCGGAGCCUGUCCAGCCGCAGGUAAAAAUAAAGGACAGGCAAAAGUUUUUUGAGGAGGCUUUUCAGCAGGACAUGGAGCACUACCUGUCCACAGGAUACCUACAGAUCGCGGAGAGAAGAGAGACAAUAGGAAGCAUGUCAUCAAUGGAAGUGAACGUGGACAUGCUGGAGCAAAUGGACCUAAUGGACAUGUCUGACCAUGAGGCGUUGGACGUCUUCCUCAACUCUGGUGGAGAGGACAACAGUGUGGCCUCACCGUUACUGGGUCCGGACGUGGAGUCGUUCACCUCUGAGAUCUCUCUUCAGGUGCCCACACAGGCCGACCUGAGACACAAGCUGGCGUCGCUGUCCUCCACCUGCACAGACUCAGCCAGCCAGGACACGGAGGCGGGUGAAGAGGAGGACGACGAUGAUGAUGCAGAUGAUGAGAGGGGACCAGCAGACAUCCGCGGCUCUCCACUAGUUCAGCCAGAUCAGGAAGAGGUCGAGGCAGAUGCCACGAUACCCGAGAGAGAACAAAACCAGCCAAACAAGAACUGUUAGAGCGGCAGCUCUUCCUGAAACACGGAGGAUGAGCAACAGACUCUUAAGAGGAAGUGAUGUAGUUAGUGGUGUGCUAUGCACUUGCCUUCAAAGGAAAGUUGUGCACUGGUGUUUUAUGAAACCCUUUUGGUUUUUGUAAAGAAAUUCUUUGUCAUGUGCUGUGCAGUGUGAAGCCCGAUCCUGUGUCUGCCCUUCAAAUCAAUAAAUAGAUUUUAUUCUGUUGGACGUUCA